ACAUGCCUUGUUUCAAACUUCACUCCACCAAGUUCUAGCUAGUGCCACUUGAGAGAUUCCCUUCUCCAAAGGCCCAUAUGCUUUCUCCUCCUCUCUCUAGAGGUUGACCUCAACAAGUAAAAAGACUUGCAGAGAGAUCGUGGAGAUCGAGUGAGCGAAAGCUAGAGAGAGAGUGCAAAGAGAGAGGUGGCGAGAGUGCUUGCAUAUCAAAGGAGAAUAUGGAUACGGGAGUCGUCCACAAAUCAUCACCUCUAGUGGGCGAGAUGGGGGAAGCACCAGGCCAUGGCUGGUGGAGCGUGAAUAAUUUGAGGCCCCCCUUUGAGCAGCAGCACCACCCUUCUCUUUUUGUGCCGUCUUCCACCACCACCGCGCCUUCUUCUUCCGCUCUCCAUUCCUUCUCCUCUCUGCUGCUCUCGAAUCACUAUCCGCUGCCUACAACCAGUACAUCGCCUUGGUGCCAUGACAGCACCACCACCACCAGACAAGGAUUCGGCCAGCAGGAUUCAUGGAGCCAGCUCAUACUAGGGGGAUUGGCUAAUGGGCACGAGAGGUACAAGGAAGGACAGCUGCUGUUUCCAACUGCAUCAGUUUGUUCAGAAGCUUGUGCGAGCGGCAGCUACAUCUACAGCACCACAGCUAGCCAUGGGAAUAGCACAAGUGAUGAGAUCCAAUUGCCAUGGGGAAGUGUCCAUCAGCACCACAAGGCCUUGCAACAGAAAGCUUCCUCUCCUAGGUCUUCUUCCAUAACCUCGACGACCUCCCUCGGAAGCAACAUGCUGGAGUUCAACAACAAUAGUUCACCACGUGAGUGUAUCAGCAGAGCAUCUGGAUCAGCUUUCAAGAAGGCUAGGACCCAAGAACCCUCCCCGGCUCAAUCUACUGUGAAGGUGAGGAAGGAGAAGCUAGGGGAUAGAAUAACUGCCCUCCACCAGCUUGUCUCCCCGUUUGGAAAGACUGACACGGCGUCUGUACUCCUUGAAGCCAUUGGGUACAUCAGAUUCCUCCACGGUCAAAUUGAGGCUCUGAGCUCGCCGUACGUGGCCGGCAGCAAUGGAGGUGGGGGCGGCUGUGCCAGCUCCAGCUCCGAGCAUCAGCUGCAGCAGCACGAGGCUAGUGUGCUAGGAGAAAGGCACAGCAUGUUUUCAGAAGACCCUGCCCAGCUCCUGCAUGACAAUGCCAUGAAAAAAAGAGGACAGCCUGACCAGGAUGGAAGCUGUGACGAAGCAAAGAAGGAUCUGAGGAGCAGGGGUCUUUGCCUCGUCCCGGUGAGCUGCACGCUGCACGUCGGCGUGGAUGUGUUCGCUGGCCCAGCAGAUUACUGGGCGGCAGAGCCGGCUUUUGUCAUGGGGUUCGGCCGGUAGAUGGAGGAUGACGAAGACUAGUGUGUUACAUGAUAUAUAUGCAUAAUGCAGCACGCACAUGCAUAGGGUGCAUAACAUCAGGAGCAGCCAUCCUUUUGAAGAGAGAUGUUUAAGGCUGGUUCCUCUUGAUGCUAUGCGUGUAAUAUAUGCACACUGAUGAUGCAUGCAAGGACGUGUAGGGACAUGCAUUCAAAGUGUAUAUAGCUGGUAGUGUGUGUGCGCGUGCGUGCGUGCGUGUGAUCUUGUCUAGAGAUGAUUGAUCAAUUUGGGUGUAUUCUGCUAAAAAAACAAAAUCAAUUUGAGUGCAUUGGAGAGGUCUGCGGACAAGCUAGGAGUGCAUCGUCUGUAACAUCAAUUGUAAGUCUCCAUCGCAUGGGUGCAGUGUACAAUAUUAAUGUGUGUAUGUUUAAUUUAUCGAAAGUUGCUAUGAUUAUCUAA